CUUUUUAUAUUUACCAUCACAAUUUCCAGUUUUCUUCAUUAAUUUUAAAUGAAAGGUUUCGGGAACUCAACGAUUAUCAUUCCUAUUUCUCUUUGUUUUAUUUUCCUCAUAUUCAUUUAUCAUUUUGAAGACGUGCUUGCGGCUCCUCCUAGGCAUUUGUGUAGUCCCGAACAAAGGGAUGCACUUCUCGCUUUCAAAAACGAGUUAGAGAUUGGGCAGCUUCAGCAAAAUUGUAUGCAUGAUAGCUUUGAAUCUCAUCCGAGGACGGAGUCAUGGGGGAAUAACAGCGACUGCUGUAGUUGGAAGGGUAUCAAGUGCAAUGCCAAGUCCGGAGAUGUGGUCGAGCUAGACCUUAGGUGCAGCGGCCUCCAUGGCCGGUUUCAUUCCAAUAGCAGUCUUCAAAACCUUUCUAAUCUUCUCGCUCUCCGCCUUUCUGGAAAUGAUUUCAGUGGUCAGAUUCCAUCUUCGAUUGGAAACCUUUUUCAUCUCACCUCUCUGGACCUUUCUCAAAAUCAAUUCUCUGGUCAAAUCCCAAAUUCAAUUAGAAACCUUUCUCACCUCUCCUCUCUCGACCUUUCUUAUAAUCAGUUUUCGGGUCAGAUUCCAUCUUCGAUUGGAAACCUUUCUCAACUCACCUAUCUCGACUUUUGGGGUAACAAUCUCGUUGGUGAAAUCCCAUCUUCUUUUGGCAAUCUAAACCAGCUAACCUCCUUAUAUGUUGGUAUUAAUAUGCUCAGUGGAAGUUUUCCCAUUGUACUAUUGAAUUUGACAGGGUUGUCAGAAUUAUAUAUUUCCAACAAUCAGUUCAGUGGUGCGCUUCCUCCUAAUAUCACUUCACUAUCCAACUUGAGAGAUUUUGUAGCAAAUGGCAAUGCUUUCACAGGAACUAUCCCUUCUUCUCUCUUCACCAUUCCUUCUUUGACAUCUAUUUAUUUGGGUGGUAACCAAUUCAACGGCACUCUUGAGUUUGGGAAUAUAUCUUCUUCACCAUCUAACCUAGAAGAGUUAGACAUUGGCAAUAACAACUUCAAAGGGCCAAUCCCGAGAUCCAUUUCCAGAUUUGUCAACCUUUCGUAUCUUGGCCUUUCUCAUUUCGACACCCAAGGCCGCCCAAUUGACUUUAGUAUCUUCUCGCCUCUCAACUCACUCGAAUAUCUUGACAUAUCAUAUUUGAACACCACCACUACGAUUGACUUGAAUGAUUUCUUAUCAUAUUCCAAAAGCCUUUCUGACUUAGAUCUCUCAGGCAACCAUGUUUCAACAACAAACAAAAGUUCAGUUUCACAGGAGAUAUAUUCUUUGAGCUUAUCAGGCUGCGGUAUCACCGAGUUUCCAGCAGAGCUCCUAAGAACCCAACAUGAAAUUGAGUUUCUAGACAUCUCCAACAACAAAAUCGAAGGUCAAGUUCCUGCCUGGUUAUGGACUCUACCAAAUUUGGAGUAUGUGAAUCUUUCCAACAACACUUUCAUCGGUUUCCAAACAUCAAACAAGAAACAAGGACUAUCCUCUGUCCGGAAACCAUCUAUGGUUCACUUGCUUGGCGCCAACAACAUCUUCACGGGAAAUAUUCCUUCUUUCAUAUGCGAGUUGCAUUCUCUAAACACUCUCGAUUUAUCUGAAAACAACUUUAACGGUUCAAUCCCUCCUUGUUUGGGAAAUCUCAAUAGUACUCUUUCAGAUCUAAACCUUCGACAGAAUAAUCUAAGUGGAGGUCUUCCAAAGGAUAUAUUUGAAAGACUAAGGUCGUUUGACGUCGGUCAUAACCAACUUGUGGGAAAGCUUCCAAGAUCUUUCAUCCGUUUCUCUACUCUUGAGGUUUUGAACGUGGAAAGCAACAGAAUCAACGACACGUUUCCAUUCUGGUUGGGUUCUCUACAAAAGCUGCAAGUUCUUGUCCUUCGCUCCAAUGCAUUUUAUGGACCAAUACAUCAAGCCUCGUUCCCUCAGUUGCGAAUCAUCGACAUAUCACAUAAUCACUUCGAUGGAACUUUGCCAUCAGAUUACUUUUCGAAGUGGACUGCUAUGUCAUCACUUGGGACCGACGAAGAUCAGUCUUCCGAAAAGUAUAUGGGAGGUGGAUUUCCCUAUUACUAUAAUUCAAUGGUUUUGAUGAAUAAAGGUGUAGAGAUGGAACUGGCACGUAUCUUAAAAAUCUUAACAGCAAUCGACUUUUCGGGAAACAAAUUUGAAGGAGAGAUUCCAAAGUCCAUCGGUCUAUUAAAAGAGCUUUGUGUGCUUAACUUGGCAAACAAUGCUUUCACUGGCAACAUCCCUUCAUCUGUGGGGAACCUGACAGUUCUCGAGUCGUUAGAUGUUUCCCAAAACAAGCUUUCAGGAGAAAUUCCACAAGAGCUAGGAGAGCUCUCAUUCCUUGCGUACAUGAACUUCUCUCAAAACCAACUUUCAGGUCUAGUUCCAAGGGGCACUCAGUUUCAAACGCAGCCUUGCUCUUCCUUUGGAGAUAAUCCGGGACUUCUUUUUGGCUCUUCUCUUGACAAAGUUUGCAGAGAUGCUCACACGCCAGCAUCGCAUAAACAGUAUGAAACACCAGAAUCAGAGGACGAAGAUGAAGAAGAGGUGAUUAGUUGGAUAGCAGCUGCAAUAGGAUUCAUACCUGGUAUUGUAUCUGGUUUGACGUUUGGAUACAUAUUGGUUUCCCACAAACCAGAGUGGUUCAUGAACCCUUUUGGCCGAAACAAUCGUAAAGGCAGAAGCACCACAACUCACUAG